AUGGCGGUGUCGUCCGAUUUGAAGUUCGUACUAUUGGAAAUACUACCGACGCCUGAACUGAUGGCGCAAGGACGGGAGCUCCGUAUCCAAAAUCACCUGGAGAUGGUUCACGAUUGCAUCUGGGCCCUCAAUGCGGUGAUCAUAGAUGCUCAGAUUCGAGCGUUGAAGGAGCCGGAGGUGGAGGAGUGGGUGAACGACGUCGGGAUAGCCGUCGCGGACGUUGAAGACCUGCUCCGCAGCAUCCUUAGCUGGCAACCGAGGGGAGCGGCGGCAUCCAAUCUCUUGCCGUGCUCCUUCCCCAACGUCGACGGAGUAGCAUCGCGCCAUGCUAUUCUACUAGAGCUGGAGGAGAAGGCACGCAGGUUGAAUUACCUCGUGAGGAGGGGGUCUUCGCUAUGUCUUCGAAAGGAGAUGAUGGAUUCUACAUAUCCACGACGAGAAGACGAAGAAGCAAAAAAAGAGUAUUUCACCAUCUUGAGAGAAGAGGUGGUGGGAAGAGACGAAGAUGUAGAAAAAGUCAUAAAUAAAAUCCGUUGGAAGCGGCAACAACGAUCCCACAAUGUGCAUGAUGAUGAUGAUGAUGAUGAUGAUGAUGAUGAUGAUGAUGGGCCUUUGUUCUUCAUCCUAUUCGGUAAUUAUAUGGUGGGGAAGACGUCCGUCGCUCGCUUGGUUUACCACCAUCCAUGGGUCAGCAAGCACUUUGAUCGUCGAGUCUGGAUUGAUGGGUCCAAAGUAUCUUCCUUCGACGCCAUGUGGGUCAUCAAAGAAUUUAUGAGAUCGAUAGCUGGGGAGCCAUGCGAGGACGUCUGGCUGUUUUAUGAUCGAUUCGGUGGAAGCCACAGAUACUUAAUCAUCCUAGAUGACUUCUUUAUUGGGUUGGAUGAGCAGGACAAGUUCUUUCAAUUGGAGUACUUUUUCCUUCUCAUGGGUGAACCGGGCAGCUUAGUGAUGCUCAUCGGUGAUUACAAUCUCGAUGAUAUAUUUUUUUUACGUUCACGACAUGGUUUCUUAAGACAAUCUGUUAAUACUAUAUCGGAAGACAAUUGGGUAAAAUUAUUCAUGAGACACGCACUGAGCCAUCCUGAUCAGGCCGGGGUAGUGGAGGAAUGGAUGCUAGUUUCAUUCGCCCGGAGACUUCAUCGUUAUUUCAGUUUGUAUCCUCUGUAUGCCAAGAUGUUGGGAUUGAUAUUUAGAUACACCGAGACGAGUCGAUGGCAAGAAGAAAUAGAUGCUCUGUGUAGGACGGAGCAAAUAGAAUACAAUCAGCAUUUGAAUUUGAUGUUUCUAUAUUAUCUUUCUCCAAUAUUUGCACGACAAUGCCUGUAUCAGUUGUUGAUUCCACAUGAUUACAUCUCUGGCCACGUUGACUUGUUGCACGUGCUCGCUGCUGAAGGCAUUCCACGCAAAGAGAAGACAAAGCCUACAACAUCAAUAGAAUUGAUGAAAAGUGCCUCAGAGCGGCUUAACUUGAGGGCGAUGUUUGACAUCCCCCCCCAUCUCAACUUUUCCCGCGAAGAGAUGACAAAGAGUACAAUAAAAUUGAUAAGUAAUGCCUUGGAGCGAUGCUGCUUCCGGAUGAGGGUUGGUCGAGAUUCUACAAUCUCACAACAAUGCAUUCAUCUACACUUACUCGUGGAUUCCCGUGCAUCUGCAUUUCCCACGACCUUAUCUGCAAAAGUAAACAACAAGUUGAGAACCCUAUCUUUGCAUAGGGAGGAGGAGAUGGUUCUUAAACAACAGCCAUGCCAGAUCACAGGUAUCCCGGCAGCCAUGUUUGCAAAUCUCAUACAUCUACGCAUCUUACAUUUAGGGGCUACAAGGAUCCAACGACUUCCUCACACGGUUGGUAAGUUGUUGAACUUGAGAUACCUCAACCUUUCUAUGAGUGAAAUCCAGGUACUUCCUAUAUCCUUUUGUAACCUUGGAAAUUUACGAGUUCUAAAUCUAUCUUGGUGUGAGAAGCUUUUGAAACUACCAGGACAGAUCCACAAUCUUAGGAGUCUACGAAUCAUGAAGCUAGCUUUUUGUGCAAGGCUUCAUAGGCUACCCAAAUCCAUCACUAGUCUUGUAAAUCUACAAGAGUUGGACCUUGAAGGUUGUCAUGGCCUCGUGGAGUUACCUGAGGAUUUUGGUAAUCUGAGAAAAUUGACAAACCUGAAUAUGAUCAAGUGUGCCUCUUUGACACAAAUGCCCAGUGGAUUAGAGCAAAUGCAUAACCUCCAAAAGUUGUCUGGGUAUUCGAUCCGUAAAGUCGGUAGGAUUGAAGAUGUCAUCUCAGAGUUGCAACCUCUAAUAGUCCUCGAGGAACUUGAUAUAUGGAACCUUCAAGUUGUCUCAAACCCAACGGAUGCCUUGACCCCUCCAAUGUUACUGCAGGACAAACUUCCAAAGCUCAAACGUUUGGCACUGCAUUGGAAAUGGUAUAAUGUGGAUGAUGUCGAGAUAGCUUCUGAUGUCAUAUCGCUACAAGUACUUGAGGGCCUCCAACCUAAUAUAUAUUUGAGCAAACUAGAGAUAACUUCGUAUGUUGGUAAAGAAUUCCCGAGAUGGAUAAAAGAGGCGAAUCUCUUUUCCUAUAAUUUGGAGGAGAUCAGAUUGGUCAACCUCCGGAGAUGUGAAAGGCUACCACCACUUGGGCAUCUACCUUAUAUAAGAAUUCUUGAGAUAAGCGGCAUGGAUUUAAUCACUGUUGUGAAUGAAACAUUCUAUACUCCUGAUACUUUGACAAGUAUAAGUUUAGAUAAACUUAUUUUCUCUGAAAUGCCUCGGCUAGAAAAAUGGGCAGAACCAAGAGAAGGAAAUGCUGAAUGGGUCAUUAAAGAAUUGACACUGAUCCAGUGCCCAAAAUUGAGGACAUGGGAGACGGACGUGGGGGUGAGAAAGUUGAACAUUUGGUUGAACAAUGAGAUGCUAUGGCAUUGUCGAUCCGUGGGUUGGCAGAGACUCAUCGAGGGUAUUCACGAGUUGACGAUUGUUGGAUGCCAAGAGCUGAUGUGUUUGCCACCAGUUUUACGGUCGAUACCAUGGUUCUGGGAGUUGACCAUUAUUCGCUGCAAUAAAUUGAUCUCUAUACCAGAUUGGCUCGUAGAAAAAGAAUUUCUAAAAUCUUUGUUUAUAUCUGGUUGCCCUGAGCUGUCAUACAUACCACCGAAACUCAAAAGACGGUCAGAUCUUCGACUACAACAUAGUGGUUGUCCCAAGCUACGGUUCUAA